AUGCAACAUGCUCAAUCACAAUCCAGCAACCACAGUCAGGGAGGAAACCAAGGGCCUCAGCAGACUUCGCAGCCCCAGCAAGGCCCUCUUCGUCCCCCUUCAGCAAUAGGAAGCCACCAGGGGCAGUCUUCGCCAGCUCCUCAACCCACGCCUCAGCAGCAACCACAGCCACCACCGCAGCAACAGCAACAACUCCAGCAACAGCAACAUCAACAGCAGCAACAGCAAGUACAGCAGCAACAGCAGCAGGCUCAGCAGGCUCAACAGCAAGCCCAGCAACAGCAACAGGCUCAGCAGCAGGCCCAACAACAGGCCCAGCAGCAGCAACAACAGGCUCAGCAGCAAGCUCAGCAGCAACAGGCCCAGCAGGCUCAACAACAACAACAACAACAGGCUCAGCAGCAGGCUCAGCAGCAACAGCAAGCCCAGCAACAAGCUCAGCAACAGCAGCAACAGCAACAACAAACACAACAGCAGCAACCACAGCCAGCUCAGCAACAACAGCCACAGUCCGGUCCGGCAGCGCAACAGCAGACUCCUGCUCCCACUCAACCACCUAAUCUACCUCAGCAAGCGACCCUGCAAGUACGGAAUCCAGCGUUAAUGCAACAGGCUCAGGCUCAGGCUCAAGUAAACGCACAGCAAAAUCACGCCCGUAACAUGGCAUUGAUGCAACAGAACAAGCAUGGCCAGGGUACGCUGAAGUUGUUGAACUUUACCGAUCAAAUAGGAAGGUUCGACAUGGCACCUGAGGAGAACAGGAAGAACAACAACGUGGAGAGAUGGCAGGCCUUCGUGGAAAAGUUCUUCAUGGAAACUGGAUCCUUCAUUCACGUGGUCUGCUCAUCAAGUACAGAGAGAACCAAGCAGUUUGAGAUUGUAUACGCUGCGCUACCGCGGUACUUCUACACUCUCUUCAAUACCGAUGUCACAAAUCUGCAGAUCACCUUGGAUGGAGCCAACGAGAAGGUUGGGCCUAACGAGGUCAAGGUUACUUGUGACCGUGCCAAGUUAAUUUACACGUACAAAAACUCAUGUCAGGUCGUCUAUCACGGAAAAUUGACAGCCUUUUGGUCUGGGUCAGACAAGAUGGAAUGGUUGAUGUUCGAUGGCACCGGUCACGAACAAUUCCUGCCGCUCAACGCUCUAAGACAGAUGUUCGUUCAGCCAUCGCCUAAUCAAAUGAACCCGACCCAGUCUCCAAGGAUGAAGAACAAGAAACAAGCACUACAACGAGCCGGACAAGAACCACCAGAGCCGUAUCUACCGCUGAACAAGCUGAUUAGUGCUGGUGCUACAGACUAUGGCUUACCACACGGCUUGCAGAAUUAUCUUGAGAUAUACGAGCCUAUGAAUCACAUGACUAGCUUGAUGGCACACUAUCUCGAGAACCCUCACAUGAAACCAAGCGAAGCCCUCGAGUCCUGGAACGCAACCAUGUCCAACAACCAAAUGCUGCAAGGCCCGCAGGGCCCAAAUCAAGGACAGCAGUCUGGUCAAGGCAUGCAGCCUAACAUGCCACCAGGAGCACGACCCUCGGGACCUGGCCAGCCCGGCCAAAUGUUCAUGUCGCCUGCGAUGCAGAACUCAUUACUUCCUAACGGAUCGAGUGGAUCGCCUCAUUUCAACCAUACGCCAUCACCUCAUUCGCAGCCUAUGAUGAAGCAGCAAAGCACCAGCUCGCACACAAUGAGCGUCAAUACAUCACCGAACAUGAACAACAAACGGCGGCGAAGUACAGCAAAGAUGGAAAUGGAUGAUGGCGGAGAAAUGAAUGGUGCAGCAAAAGUCAAACAAAGCCCAAGAGUCGGCGGAGGCAACAAGAGGAUGAAGGCAGGCAACUAA